AUGUGGAAUAAGGGAGCUGCUCGGCUCACACAGAUUCCCUUGCUAAGUUGGGAGUUGCAGCUGUUACUGAGGAGCACGCAGCCUGGCUGUGAGGAGGGUGUCCGGGAGAGGUGCAGACCAAGUCUCAAGCUCCGCUCUUCUCUGACUCACCUCAGCAUCACAAUGGAGCCCAACAGCCCUAAAAAGAUACAGUUUGCUGUGCCACUGUUUCAGAGUCAAAUAGAUCCUGAGGCAGCUGAGCAGAUCAGGAAAAGGCGGCCUACACCAGCAUCACUUGUCAUCAUGAAUGAACAUGUGCCCCCAGAAAAAGAUGAGAAAAGAACAAGUAUCUCACAGGCAGAGUCCCAGAGUGCCUCUCCCAAGCAGAGGAAGCAGAGUGUCUUCACCCCGCCUGCCCUCAAAGGGAUUAAGCAUCUGAAGAGUCAGAGUGAUUCAGCGUUUCCAGAGGAAGAAGAGGGAGUCAGUGAAAGGGAAGAGGAGUGGGGCCAUUAAGGAGCCGCGUCACGGAGAGUAAAUGAACUGCGCGGCGGUGCGUGCCUCAGACCGUUCGCCACUGCUUGUGUCCCCGCACCGUGCCGGCGGCACCAGGGCUCCCUGGGGAGCGCCCUCGGCUGGGUUUUACAGCCACCUGCAGUUGUGUUCUGUGAUCCUUAUACCCAAAGAUAAACCAGUUAUUUUAAAGUAAUUUUUCUUUCGUUUUCUAUGACUUAGAAAUGUAAUUUGCAAAUGUGUUAGUGA